UGACCACAGUGUUCACAUGAACACGUUGCAGGAGAACAACCAGAGAAGAUAUUGUCUCUGCCGUUCCUGUGGGAUAUGAAUGACAGCUUGAGAAUGUCACCUGAGAUCAUGAUGUUUCACCAAAUGAUGGAACAAGCCCAGAACGCCAGCUGUGAAGCACUCACCCACAUCUGCAAUAAGAGUGCAAGUGGAGACUCACUACAGCUGCCCACCUUCUCCACAGCUGCCAAAGUCAGAGUGAUCAUUACUUUUACUCUGUGUGCCAUGUCAGCUGUCUGUAACCUAGCUGUGCUGUGGGCUGCCAAUACUAACGGCAAGCGCAAGUCCCACGUUAGGAUAUUAAUAAUUAACCUGACUGUGGCAGACCUGCUGGUGACUUUCAUAGUCAUGCCUGUUGAUGCUGUCUGGAAUAUCACAGUUCAGUGGCAGGCAGGAGACGUCGCCUGUAGGCUACUGAUGUUCAUGAAACUUGUUGCCAUGUACUCCUGUGCUUUUGUCACAGUGGUCAUUAGCUUGGACCGCCAGUCUGCUAUCCUCAACCCACUAGCCAUCAAUGAGGCCAAGAAGAGAAGCAAAAUCAUGUUGUCUGUGGCGUGGGCGAUGAGUGUGAUUCUGUCUGUUCCCCAGAUGCUGAUAUUCCACAGCGUGACCAUCACAGUCCCAGAAAAGUUUACCCAGUGCACUACCCGUGGGAGCUUUGUCCAACACUGGCAGGAAACCCUGUACAACAUGUUCACCUUUGCCUGUCUAUUCCUGCUGCCGCUGAUCAUCAUGAUCGUCUGUUACACACGGAUCCUGGUGGAGAUAUCCAGUCGUAUGACCCAUGGAAACAUGUCUUCUAAGGAGAUACAUCUCAGACGCUCCCACAACAACAUUCCAAAAGCACGGAUGAGGACUUUGAAAAUGAGCAUUGUUAUUGUGACUUCCUUCAUCGUCUGCUGGACCCCUUACUACCUGUUGGGACUGUGGUACUGGUUCUUCCCAGACGAUAUGGAUGAGACGGUCUCCCAUUCUUUGACUCAUAUGCUCUUUAUUUUUGGCCUCUUCAAUGCGUGUUUGGACCCAAUAACUUACGGCCUGUUCACUAUCCAUUUCCGCCAUGGCCUGAAGCGCUACUGUCAGAGUGCAGUCGUGCUCAGCCGUGAAUCAGAGAACAACACUACCCUGACCGGCUCCUUCAGGUGCUCUUCCUUCCGCAUGACACGGCUUACCCAGCAAGGCCAGACCACCAUCACUGACCAGAUGGCAGAGGAGGAACAGGGCAAGAAACCCUGCCGCUAUAGCAACUACCUCACAGUUCACAGCAGUGGAGGUGACCCAUGUCCGGCCAAUCCUGAAAGCAUGAUAUGAGGGAUUAGAAUAAGUCCUACUUAAGAACAUUUCUUAUACCCUCAUCUGUUGGCUGACAAUAAAUAACUUCAAUACUUUUGUGCUGUGAGAAAGCACAUUUUGCUUACAUUUGCAUUCAGCCAGACAUGGCUUAAAGUGUAAAUCAUAAGACACUUAUCUGCAUAUCACUUCAAACAGUGGUACUCCCGUAGAGUGGUCUUUGGACUUGUCCUGGAAACACUUUUUCCAUUCAAUAGAGCCAUACAGACCAAGUAUACCAGAAAAAACAAUUCUCCAUUGAUAUAUCCAAUUUCCUCAAGAUGUGCAAAGAAGGAAGCCUAUAAAUGAAUUGCUCUUUCAUCUUGCAGGCAGAAAUUACAUAUGCACUGUAAAAAGUGGGAUGACGCUGUUGUUCAUCUGAAGUGCUUUUACUGAUAGGAAUGAUGGAAAAUUAUGCUUUGGUUUGUUCAACCUAUUCUAUAAAAUUUGCCUGAAAAAAGAAAUUACAUUUGACAGAUCAAUUACGUUUUUUAAAUUGAAUGAAAGCUUCUAAAUUGCUUUCAAUACUGCAUGCUCAUUGAAUAGUGGUGGGGGCAAUGUAGCAGCCGCAGCCUAUCAGAAGAGUUGGAGGCUUGACUUAUUGGGAAGUGGCUUUCAGGUUGUUGUUUUUUUCCCCUCCUGUGAGUGUCAAUGUCAUUCCAGUUAAUGUGGUCUACUUUAGUCACUUGUACACUGCCAGCAUAUGUAAUGAUACUUGCUUAAGAGCAUGUGAUACUGAAAACCCUGGUAAGAUUUGUAUAUGUUAAGGUAGACAAUGUUUGUUUGCAGUAUUGUAGCUACGAAAUGUGAAAGUCUUAUGUUGUCGUAAGGAUUUGACCAAAAUGCAGCGGGAAUAGGUAUACUCAUCUUAUUUUUAUUUUGAAGAAGGAGAAACAACUAAAUACGUAUACCA